AUGCCCUUGAAGCUGGGACAGGCCCUGGUCCAGGUGCCACCACUGGUAAAGGCAGAGGACCCCCCACUCCCUGGACCAUCUGCUGCCCCUCAAGGGGAACUCUCCAGCUCUGAAGCUGCCUGGCAGCUUUUCAGAGGUUUUCAGUACCAAGUUCUGUCUGGGCCCCAUGAGACCCUGAGGCAACUUCGGAAGCUCUGUUUCCAGUGGCUGCAGCCAGAGGUUCACAGCAAAGAGCAGAUCCUGGAGCUUCUCAUAUUGGAGCAGUUCCUCACCAUCCUGCCUGGAGAGAUCCAGAUGUGGGUGCGCACACAGCGUCCCAGCAGUGGAGAGGAGGCUGUGACUUUAGUGGAGAGCUUGAAGGGCGAUCCCCGGAGACUGUGGCAGUGGAUCCGCAGCCAGGUUCUGGGACAGGAAAGGUCACCUGAGGAAGUAAAAUUUGCAAGCUGCCAAGUGAAGGAGGCAGAGGCCAGUCCUGAAGUGGUGUGUCAGGAGCUGGGACUUCAGAAUUCAAUCACAAGGCCUGGAGAGCAUCUCAGCCACAUCAUCAAAGAGGAAGCUGACACUAAGCCAGAAUUAGGAGACAGACAGGAGAAUGGCAAAGAGAAUCUAAACUUGGAAACCUGUGGGGAUCAAAAGCCUCCAGAUGCCCCUUGUCCCAUCUCAGGAGAAGCCCCUCCUCAGGGGUCUUUGAGUGGAUUCUUUGGUGAAGAUGAACAAAGAUGCUUUGGAGGAGAUUCUCUCUCUAAGUUACAGGGACACCUCCAAGGUGAGGAGAGAGAGGAGCAGCUUUCUCUUCAGGAAAAGGUUCCUGGGAAACAGCAAGAACAGCCUGUGCCUGAUUCUCACCCAAGAGACUUGUCUGUGCUGUUGUUCAAAGAGAAGAAAGAGGCCCCCCAGAAGGACCAGCUGAGACCUCCCAUGAUCCAGAAGCUCUCCACCUACAGAGAGUGUGGGGAAAGCUUCCACAGGAAUUCUCAAUUUUUGUUUGAUCAGAAAACUCAUACUGGAAAGAUAUAUUUUCAGUGCCCUACCUGCAAAAAAGAAUUUCUGCAGCAGUCACACUUUGUGAAGCAUCUGAGAAUCCACACAGGGGAGAAGACUUGGAAGUGUGAUCACUGUGGAAAAGGCUUCAGGGACUUUUCUGAAUUAUGCCACCAUGAGAAAAUCCACACAGGAGAGAAACUCUAUAAAUGUCCUGUCUGUGAGAAGAUUUUCCUCCACAAGUCCUACUUUAGUAGACACCAGUGGGCACACACAGGAGAGAAACCCUAUAAAUGUCCUCUCUGUCAAAAGAGUUUCAGCUAUAGAUCCACCUUAAAAAGACACCAGCAGGUCCACACAGGAGAGAAAACCCAUAAAUGUGCUCUCUGUGAAAAGAGUUUCAGUUACAAAUCCAGCUUAAAAAGACACCAGGAGGUCCACACAGGAGAGAAACCCUAUAAAUGUUUUAUCUGUGAAAAGAGUUUCAUUAGGAAGUCCACCUUAAGCAUACACCAUGACAAAUACUGA